AGCUCAGUAUUGCUUUGCCACAUGAUGUUGCAGCAACAGCGGCAGCAGCAGCAGCCAUUGCGCAGAAAUCUCUGCCUGCAUUUGCUGGCGCUUGGACACUUGGGCUAUGCCACUUACUAUGACUACAAGUACGCGCAGCUGCCGCUGCUGGCGGUGGAGCUGCGACUGGAGCCGACGAUGGGCUACAAAUUCAAUUAUCUCACCUUUCUGAAUGGACUGCUGCAGUCGAGCUAUUACCUGCUGGCUGUGGCUUGUGAUUUGCUGCCGGCGCGUGCGUUGAGCCGCUGGCGUGACUUUUUGCUGGCGAGCUUGGUGGUGCCGCUGGCUUUGACGGUGAGCAUAACCUUUUGGCUGCUGUAUGCGCUGCCCAGCUACGUCAUCUAUCCGCAGCUGCUGCAGCAGAUCUAUCCACGCUGGCUGAACCACUCGCUGCACAGCUUUGUAGUGCUCUAUGCGCUGCUCGAGCUCUGCCUGACGCCGCAUCGUUAUCCGCGACGCCGCGAAGGAUUCAUGUGCCUGGGCUUAAGCCUGGCGGGCUAUUUGCUGUGGCUGCAUGUGGUGCAUCACCACACACACAUCUGGGCCUAUCCCUUUCUCCACGCAUUCAGCACGCCACUGCUCUACUGCUUCUUUGCUUUUAUUGUGGGCGCCGCCUUUGGCUACUAUGCGCUGGGCGAGCUGCUGAGUGCUGCGGCCUGGCCAACUGACGAGUUGGCUGAUUGGAAAUAAAAGUCGUAAUAAAGCAAUUUGCCUAAACUGAAAUUUGCAUAGAAAUGCGGCGACUGCCAGCGGAAAUCGUUGGCAAUAAUAAUGACAAUUGACUUGUCAAAAGGUUGCAAAUGCUCACCCAAAAAAAAAAAAAAGAAAAGAACUUAACUCAGCUCAGCUCUCAAGUCAAGGCGAGCUCAAGGGUUGCCCUCAGGUCCGCACCACAGGCCGCCGCCGCCGCCGUCCGUUGUCGCUGCUUUGUGGUCGGCGAAGCGUGGAAUUAACUCAAAUCGAUUCGCUGCACUCGUUGCAAGGGCUGAUAACUGAAUCGAUGACUGAGCGAUAG